AUGUCCAAUCGACCAGAACGGAGGACGGCGCCAGUGGCCCGGGAACUGGCGCGCUACAAGGUGGAUAUCGCCGCACUCAGCGAGACCCGUUUUUCCGAACAAGGCCAACUGGAGGAGGUGGGUGCCGGCUACACCUUCUUCUGGAGCGGUCGCCCCAGGGCAGAGCGACGAGACGCGGGUAUCGCCUUCGCCAUCCGGAACGACAUCGUGGGGCGACUGCCCUGUUUGCCGCAGGGCAUGAACGAUCGCCUGAUGAGCCUCCGUCUGCCUCUCCGGGGUGGGGGCAAAUUCGCCACCAUCAUCAGCGCCUACGCUCCGACGAUGACCAACCCCGACGCCGUCAGAAACAAAUUCUACGAGGACAUGCACGCCCUCUUGGCGACUGUGUCGAAGGCGGACAAGUUGAUUGUCCUUGGUGACUUCAACGCCCGCGUCGGCAUAGACCAUGCUACCUGGAGAGAAGUGCUGGGUCCCCACGGUCUCCGCGGCUCAAACGACAAUGGUCUGCUGCUCCUCCGCACCUGCGCAGAACACCUUCUUCUGUCUGCCGGAGCGAGAGAAGGCCACUUGGAGGCAUUCUCGGUCGCGUCAGUGGCACCUACUGGACUAUGUCCUCGUUCGGAGGCGAGACCAGUGGGACGUGUUGGUGACAAAGGUGAUCGCGGGCGCUGA